AUGAGCGGACGCGGCGAGCGUCUCGUCUGCUACUCUGACUCGGACUCAGACGAUGACGCUUCUCCUUCAGACCAAACAAGAUCACUUGUCGCACAACCGAUCGCCUGCGUCAAUGACGAUCUAGUCAAGGAAGCACCUCCGCGUGAAGCGCACACGCAUCGGAUCAAAAGGAAGCUACAGCCGCUCGACGAUGACAGCUUGCAACAAGGGAGCCGCCCGGCACCUGGCGACCGAGCACCAGAUGAGCCAAAGACAGCAUACGCCCGCGGCGAAUGGCUGUGCUACUGCUUUGUAGAAGAAAGCCACUCCUAUCUGGAGCAGGGGCUCGAACAAGCAGUUCCGGACAAAGCACGCUUGCUGAAGACAGCUGAAGCCGAGGCAAGCUCAGAGCCUUACCUGUCUACAAUCGAGAAGCUGCACAUCUCUCUCACUCGGCCAUUCACGGUCCGCGCUCACGAGAGGGACGAGUACGUCAAGACUGCCUUGACCGAAAUCGGGCGCCUUCCUAUCGAGAUGACCAGCUUCUGCUUCUCUUUUUCGCGCAUUGCUUGCCUUUCCAACGAUGAUGCGUCCAAGCACUUCAUGGUGCUCGAAGUCGGCCCGGGUCGCGAAAAUCUCCGCAAGCUCUCCACUGCGCUAGGCGCCGAACUACACCGCGCCUUCCGCGCCAAGUCGUACUAUCAAGAGGCGCGCUUUCACGCGAGCACCACGUGCCUGUCUGUACCGCCAUCGAGCGACACCGACGCCGGCAUGCUUGCUUCGCGCUUUCGCGCGCUCAUCGACAGCGUCGAAUCCGAGCGGGGAUCCAAGCUGCGCAAACUGCCGCCGGUUCGCGUCUCCCGCAUCGGCAUCCAAGUCGCCAACAGAAUCACCUACGCAGAAGUCUAG